AUGGAACCAAACAAGGCAUAUGGGAAUAAUCAACUUAUUAGUGUUGUUAAAGCUGCUUAUCCCAUUUUAGAAGCCAACCCUAGUGAGCUAGCAGCAUUGAUGAAAAAUGCAGCACUUGAUCAAAUAGAAAAGAUCGAAAAUGCAAUCGAGAAAGACAAUGGAGUGUCUGAUUUAAUUGUUUAUGGUGCGAAUUUAACUUUCGCGAAUCUUGAAGAAGCAAAGUUUUAUGAAUUUGAUUACCGCGAAGAGAAACCAGUUUACGUUCGUUAUCGAGUUGAUGGUGUUGGUGAUGAAGGGGAUAUCUUGGUGUUCCCUGGGCCGCUGAAGAAUGGAAGGACUAUUAUGGCAAUUUUGCCAGAGAAUGAGUCUACUUCGCUAGCUUCGGUCCCCUACAAUCUUUAUAGCAUACAGAAACAAAAUCCAGAGGCAAUGCAGCAAAAGCCAGACCCCAAGAAAGGGCAAAACCCAACAGGAAUAUUUUAUAGCCACGAUCUUGAUAAAGAUAAAGCUUGCUGUGUACCCCGGCAAAGGACACAGGCCGGGGCUACCCGCCUACCCCUUACCUUAUAUGCUGAAAACCGCUACAAAAAUUGUAGGAUGCUGACUACACAACGUGGCCCCCCUGAAAUUCCUUCCAUUCUAUUGGAUAAUUUUUAUGAAUUCUAUCAUUUCACAUAUUCAUACUAA